CCGAGUCACCAUCGCAAAGAGGUGAAAAUCGAGUGACGGUUUAUAAAUGAGAACACGUAGAGACAUUGACAAACACACCACCACCAACAACAACCACCUUCCUGUCGCCGGAAACCACCGUCACCGCCGCCGUCUUCCUCCGUUGGGGGCGGCGCUGAGGGUGGUGAUUCGAAUGGCGGGUCAGUCCCGGAAGUGGAUGAUCCUGGUAGCCACUAUAUGGAUCCAAGCCUUCACUGGAACCAACUUCGAUUUCUCGGCUUACUCGUCGGAGAUGAAGGCGGUGUUGGGGAUCUCUCAGGUUCAGCUCAACUACCUCGCCGUGGCCUCCGACCUCGGAAAGGUGUUUGGGUGGUCCUCAGGGCUCGCCUCCAUGUGGUUGCCCUUGUGGGUCGUCUUGUUCAUCGCCGCUUUCAUGGGUCUCUUCGGAUAUGGACUUCAAUGGCUUGUUAUUCGGAACAUCAUUGCCUUGCCUUAUUUCGUGGUAUUCCUUCUCUGUUUGUUGGCUGGAUGCAGCAUUUGCUGGUUCAACACUGUCUGUUUCAUCCUCUGCAAUCGAAAUUUCCCAGCUAAUCGACCCCUUGCAAUCUCUCUCACUGUGAGCUUCAAUGGCGUAAGCGCAGCCUUAUACACCCUUGCUGCCAAUUCAAUCGCUCCAUCAUCCACCCAACUAUACCUUCUUCUCAAUGCCACCAUUCCCCUAAUCACCUCCAUUGCUGCUCUCAUCCCAAUUCUCCGCCAACCCCCUCUCAACCCCCUCCCUCCCGAUGCUGUUCGUCGUGACUCCCUCAUAUUCCUCCUCUUAAACCUCCUAGCCGUUGUCACUGGCAUCUAUCUACUCUUCUUCAAUUCAACAGACGCCUCAACAGCCCGUCUCCUAUUUGGCGGUGCCAUUUUUCUCCUCAUCUUCCCCUUAUUCAUCCCUGGCAUUGUCUAUGCUCGUGAUUGGUUUCAUCGUACGAUCCAUUCAAGCUUUCGCCUUGAGGGCUCGGGCUUCGUUCUUGUUGAUGUUGACGAUCUUGAGUUGCACAAAGAACUCAUUACCCGCGAGACUAGUAGUUUGGGGAAUGGGAUUGCAAGUGUUGUUGAUAGCAUUGGAUCCACCUAUGGAAUGACUGGACUGCGUGGUGGAGGGUGUGAAGGGUGUUGUGAGAAUGUGAUGGAGAAAGACCGGUUGGUGAUGCUCGGGGAAGAGCACAAAGCACAGAUGCUGGUUCGACGGUUAGAUUUUUGGCUAUACUACAUUGCAUAUUUUUGUGGAGGUACAAUCGGGCUAGUGUAUAGUAACAAUCUUGGGCAGAUCGCUGAGUCACUUGGACAAGGUUCUAAGACCUCAACUCUGAUCACACUCUAUUCUUCAUUCUCCUUCUUUGGCCGGUUGCUUUCUGCUGCCCCGGACUUCUUGCGUGUGAAGGUCUAUUUUGCAAGGACAGGGUGGCUAGCCAUAGCAUUACUCCCAACCCCGAUCGCCUUCUUCUUGCUAGCCAUAUCAGGCAGCGCCACUGCGCUCCACGCAGGCACCGCCCUGAUCGGGCUGAGCUCUGGCUUCAUAUUCGCAGCAGCAGUCUCAGUCACAUCAGAGUUGUUCGGUCCCAACAGCGUUGGCGUCAACCACAACAUCCUCAUCACCAACAUCCCUGUCGGAUCACUCGUCUAUGGCCUCCUCGCCGCCCUAGUUUACGAUGCCAAUGCGAGCCCGAGCUUUCGGAGCAUCAUAGCCGAUUCUGUGGUGUGUAUGGGGAGAAAAUGCUAUUUCUUGACGUUUGUAUGGUGGGGAUGCAUUUCUGUGUUGGGAGUAGGAUCGAGUGUGAUGUUGUUCUUGAGAACUCGUCCUGCUUAUGAUCGGUUUGAGAAGGAUCGGAUUUCUACUCAGCUUGAUUUAUGAUUUAAUAAGUUGAUUAAGGUUCAAGUAAACAUUCAGAGAAGCAUAUAAAUUGUGUAGAGAUGUUAAUGUUUAAUUACUGUGUCAUUUGAUAUUAGAUCUCACUUUAUAUACUCACUUUUUAGAUCCAGUAAUGUGUAAAAAAGAUGAUUGAUUAAUAAUUAGAAAAGAUGUAAAAGAAAAUUGCAUUAGAUA